GACUGCAACCAAAGAGGACUUUGCGCCUGGUGCUUUGGACUGCAGAGGAACAAGGUGGAAUUGGUGCCUUCCAGUAUUAUCAGUUACACAAGGUAAAUAUUUCCAACUAUAGUCUGGUGAUGGAGUCUGACUCAGGAACCUUCUUACCCACUGGGCUGCAAUUCAGUGGCAGUGAAAAGGCCAGGGCCAUCAUGAAGGAGGUCAUGAGCCUGCUACAGCCGCUCAACAUCACUCAGGUCUUUUGUGAUGGAGAAGGGACAGACAUAAACUUUUGGAUCCAAGCUGGAGUGCCUGGAGCCAGCCUACGUGAUGACUUAUACAAAUAUUUCUCCUUCCAUCAUUCCCAUGGAGACACCAUGACUGUCAUGGAUCCAAAACAGAUGAAUGUUGCUGCUGCUGUUUGGGCUGUUGUCGCUUACGUCAUUGCAGACAUUGAAGAAAUGCUGCCCAGGUCCUAGCAAGAGCAAGAAAGCACUCUCAUCCUUUCUAGCCAGGAAUCCUGGGUCUGCAGCUUCAAACACCCUUCUUCACAUAACAAUUUCAUGGGUUCAUUUUCA